AUGGCUGGUGGAAUGCACUUCCUCAUUGGCAUUUCCACCAACAACUAUGUUCUUUUGGCCAGCGACAAAGCUACAUUCGCUUAUGGAGCUGUUCUAGCAGAUAGUGAGAAUGACAAGGAGUAUCGUCUUGGAAAAAAGCUAACGAUGAUGUGUAUUGGAGAAGAAGGCGAUGUAGCACAGUUCGGUGACUGGACCAAACGAAAUAUUAGGCUCUAUGCAAUUCGAAAUGGUUAUGAGUUAUGCCCAGAUAGUGCACAUCACUGGAUUCGUCGCGGAAUAGCCGAGGCGCUGCGUACCGAGGAGCACUAUGCGGUUGACGUACUGCUUGGAGGGUACUGCACGGCAUCUCUAUUUCAGAAUCCUCAAAUUCUUCUCUUUUUCGAAAGAGUAGUGCACGGAAAUCGUUUGCCGGUCGUUACAUUUCUAUUGCACGAGUUUAGAUAUGACGACAAGGAGGGUAAGGCCUUUCUUGGUUCGAUUGACUACUUGGGCAAUGGAUUGAGCAGCCAGCCCUACUUAUUUCGUGGUUUCUGUGGUCGUUUUUGCUAUGCCAUAAUGGAUCGAGAGUACAAGAAAGAUAUGACCGAGGCUGAAGGACUAGCACUUCUCAAUAAAUGUAUUGCUGAGGCAAAACGAAGGUUUGUUGCAAACCUUCCAGGAUAUAAGGUGGUUGUUAUCGACAAUAAAGGAUAUAGGCAGCUAGGCGACAUAAAAGUCUGA